AAGUGCCUGCAGCAGUCGCCUGAGACCCCGGAAGUUGAUUCCGCGGGGGACUGUUGCUGCCUCAGACGCCCGGCUUGCGAUGGGUUGCGACGGAGGAACAAUCCCCAAGAGGCACGAACUGGUGAAGGGGCCCAAGAAAGUUGAGAAGGUUGACAAAGAUGCUGAGUUGGUGGCCCAGUGGAACUAUUGUGCUCUAAGUCAAGAAAUCCUAAGGCGACCAAUAGUUGCCUGUGAACUUGGCAGACUAUACAACAAAGAUGCCGUCAUUGAGUUUCUGCUGGACAAAUCGUCCGAGAAGGCUCCCGGGAAGGCAGCCUCACACAUUAAGAGCAUUAAGAAUGUGACAGAACUGAGGCUUUCUGACAAUCCCGCCUGGGAAGGGGACAGAGGGAACACGAAAGGGGACAAGCACGACGACCUCCAGCGGGCGCGGUUCAUCUGCCCGGUCGUGGGCCUGGAGAUGAACGGCCGGCACAGGUUCUGUUUCCUGCGCUGCUGCGGUUGCGUGUUUUCUGAGCGAGCCUUGAAGGAGAUAAAAGCAGAAGUUUGUCACACGUGCGGGGCUGCCUUCCAGGAGGACGACGUCAUCGUGCUCAACGGCUCCAAGGAGGACGUGGCGGCGCUGAGGGGCCGGAUGGAGGAGAGGCGGCUGCGGGCCAGGCUGCAGAAGAAAGCGAAGAAGCCCAAGGCGGCAGAGUGCGCGUCAAAACUGGAUGUCGGCGAAGGACCGUCCAGAGCGAAGCCUGAAGAGCCCAGCCCGGACUCACAGGACAGGAAGGCCGCCCCGGCUCCCAGGAACGCAGCUAACGGGGGCUCUUCCGGGAAGGCCGGGAAGCCGCCCAGCGCCGCCACGAAGAGGUCCAUCGCCGACAGCGAGCAGUCCGAAGCGUACAAGUCCAUCUUCACGACCCACAGCUCCGCCAAGCGCUCCAAGGAGGAGUCGGCGCACUGGGUCACCCACACGUCCUACUGCUUCUGAAGCCCGGGCGCGCUCCCUCAGGCUCGGGCUCAUGGGGGUGGGUGUGCGGGCACCGGCGGGGCCGUCAGGGUGUCCCCUGAGCCCCGCUGCCAGCGUGGUCACUCUCGCCCGGAGGGGGGCGUGACCUCGCUGGACCACUGCCCGGGCCACUCCACCCUCGUCCCCGCCCCCGCGGCCGCGCCGCCUGCGCGUCUGUGCUCGCAGUCAUUAAAGGUCCCGGGUGCCUCGUG